AUGGAUGAAGAACCGAUAAUACUAGACUAUAGUCAUAGAAAAUUGGAUGAAGUUCCACAAGAGAUAUUGGAUAAUGGUCGAAUGUUAGAAGAGUUAUAUCUUGAUUGUAAUGACAUAGAACUUUUGCCAAAGAAACUAUUCAGUUUGCCAAAGUUGAAAAUCUUGGCCGUGGUUGAUAAUAAUCUAUGUGAGCUAUCAAAGUUUUUGGGAAAUUUAGACUGUAUAGAGUCGCUGAAUGUCAGCAAGAAUUGUAUCUCAGAGUUGCCAGACAGUAUUAAGAACUGCAUACAGUUAUUGCAACUUGAUGCAAGUGUUAAUCCAAUUGUUAAAUUGCCAGAUGGACUGUUUAACUUAUCAACUUUGACUCAUUUGAUGUUGAAUGAAACAUUUCUGGAAUAUUUGCCAGAAAAUAUUGGGAAUAUAUCACAAUUAAAAGUUCUUGAACUACGCCAAAACCAAUUAAGCGUUUUACCAAAAUCAAUGCAGAAUUUACAACAGUUGAAACGACUGGAUAUUGGAAACAAUAAAUUUGCAGACUUGCCUGUUACCAUUUGUCACAUGACAAAUCUUGAAGAAUUGUUGGCUGAUGGAAACGCCAUUGAGGAAAUUCCUCCGGUUAUUGGUCUUUUAAAAAACAUGAUUUUGCUGGAUAUUUCUAUGAAUAAAUUGGAGAGUUUACCUCCUGAAAUUGAAUUUAUGGAAUGUUUGACCGAUCUCUAUUUAUCCGUAAACGAGCUACUGGAACUGCCUGAGAAUAUUGGAUUUUUGAGUAGCUUGGAAACAUUGAAACUGGAUGAAAAUGAUCUGCUUUUUCUUCCACCUUCAUUGGGCAGACUUGAGAAUCUGGAGGAACUCGAUGUCAGCACGAACAACCUUGAGGGGUUACCACGUAGCAUGGGAAAAUUAGCACGGUUGAAAGUGUUGAAUCUUGAUAACAAUUGUAUCAAGUCUCUUCCGGAUGAGCUCGGUAAUUGUUCAUCGUUAUCACUGUUGUCACUACAUAGUAAUAAUCUUGUGUCUGUUCCUGAAAGUUUUGGUGGACUAACUAAUCUUCAGAUGAUCAAUCUUAGUGCAAACAUGUUGAAUUUUCUUCCUAUUACUUUCCUUGGUUUGAAAACUUUGAAAGCUCUCUGGCUUUGCGAGAAUCAGUCCAAACCAAUUGUUCCACUCGAGCGAAUAUUUGAUGAAAGAGAAAAAAAGGAGGUUGUCAGUUGUUGCUUUUUGCCUCAGAAAAUGUGGGAUGAAGAUGAAACUGAAGACCAUCGUGGAUCGGGAGAGGAAAAUGUUUCAUCAGCAAAUGAAGAUAGCGUUAACAACGCGGGAAUUCAAAAUAAAGAGGCAGUGCGCACAAGAGGAAGCAUUUCACAAUAUCUCAUGAACAGAAGUCAGAGUCAAGAUGAUCACACAUCUAGUCCUGGUAAUGAGCUUGAGAAGGUGACACCUUGGUAUGAACAAGAGUUUAUUGAAAGUAUUGAAGACAACGAAGUUUUCUCCGAUGAAGAUCGACAUGUUCACGUUGAGAACACGACAGAAGAAGAAAGUUAUCAUUUGAACCGAUUGAUAAAUAAACAAGGUUUUGAUUGUCGACAGUCGUCCGUAGAGGAUCAAGACCACUCCUUUAAAGACUCGGAUGCAGGCGGAGCCACACAAGACGACCGCAAUGAUGACAUAUUAUUGGUUGACGCAGAGGGCAGCAGUCAUAAUGAAGGAAACACGUCAGUCAUAAUAUCAGAGUUGGAGUAUUUGAACAAUCUUAACAUAACAGAGGAGAGUUGUGAUCUGACCACAUCAAAUGAGGAAGCAAUGCGACUACGAUUUAACAAUAAGAGGAAUAGAAAUGGAAAUCCUUCGUGUACGUACGAGGCAUUUAAACCAACUCGGUUUAACCUACACAAACUCUGACGAGCCAUCG